UGAGUGACGCCAUCCGCGGAAUUGAUGAAUUGAACACGCUUCCACCUGCACGAUCGUCUUCAUCCUUCCUUCAGCCCUGGCCACGCCAAUCCUUAAUCGCCAAGCACCGUGACCGUGAUCGCGCCGGAGCCACUGCCGCUGCCGCGUCGUCGCCCGCGGUUACGCAAGCUGCCUCCAAUUUCCCAAGCCGCUCUCUGCUCGCCACGUGAUAAAGCCCCGUCCUUCUCUGCUCCCACCUCACCUGUUCCUUCUCUGCACAACCUCGGUUCCCAAUUCCCCACCUCCCGUGAUCUCGUCGUCUCCACACCCGAGAAUCCCCAUGGCCGGCUCCGGCUACCCCUACGGCCACGGCGGCGGGGGCGGCUACGGCGCCCCGCCGCCGUACGGCUCGUCCCCGGCGCCGCCCUACGGUGAGAAGCCCCCCAAGGAAGGUAAAACCUCAUCCUCCUCCUCGACCCCCUACUACGGCGCCCCGACGCCGUACGGCUCGUCCCCGGCGCCGCCCUACGGUGAGAAGCCCCCCAAGGAAGGCAAAACCUCAUCCUCCUCCUCGACCCCCUACUACGGCGCCCCGCCCUCCAACCAGCCCCGCCCCUACGACGGCGGAAGCGGCUACGGGGCCCCGCCCGCUGGCCAGGCUUACAGCGCGCCCUACGGCGCCCCGCCCUCCAACCAACCCCGCCCCUACGGCGGCGGAAGCGGUUACGGGGUCCCGCCCGCUGGCCAAGCUUACAGCGCGCCCUACGGCGCCCCGCCGCCGCCCUCGUCGGCGCCGUACGGGUCAGCCGGCGGGUACGGGAGCCCGUUAGCGGCGCUGGUGCCGUCGGCGUUCCCGCCGGGCACGGACCCCAACGUGGUGGCGUGCUUCCAGGCGGCGGACCGCGACGGGAGCGGGAUGAUCGACGACAAGGAGCUGCAGUCCGCGCUGUCCGGGUACAACCAGAGCUUCAGCCUCCGCACCGUGCACCUCCUCAUGUACCUCUUCACCAACACCAACGUCCGCAAGAUCGGGCCCAAGGAAUUUACUUCUGUGUUUUACAGUCUUCAGAGUUGGAGAGAAAUAUUUGAGAGGUUUGACCGUGAUCGAAGUGGUAAAAUUGAUACAGCAGAACUGCGUGAUGCUCUUCUCAGUCUGGGAUAUUCUGUUUCUCCAACCGUGCUAGACCUGCUUGUGUCCAAAUUUGACAAGACUGGGGGGAAGAGCAGAGUGAUCGAAUAUGAUAACUUCAUCGAAUGUUGCCUCACAGUGAAGGGCCUGACAGAGAAGUUCAAGGAAAAGGAUACUACGUUCUCUGGGUCUGCAACUUUUACUUAUGAGGCGUUCAUGUUGACUGUGCUCCCUUUUCUCAUCGCAUAAUGGGGCCCAUGUACUUUGUGAAGUUGAGAGAAAGACUUCAGCAUACUAUGCCCAGAUGUAUGAAGAUGAUUAUGUUCGCGGAGUUGUUUAAAGCUGAGUUUUAAUUAUGGGGAUUUAAGCAAUGUUGCGGCUUCGCUAACAAGGCUGUUGUAUCUUGUUCAAGUAAGUCCUUCAAAAAAGACUGUUGUAUCUUAAAAUGAAAUCUGGCAAUUGCUAUA